GUGAAAGUUUGCAAUGGAGAGGUUUUGAUGACAAUUACAAUUGUAUUCUUAUUUCAAAAUUCCUACAGUUCUAUAAAACUCAUCAACUUUACAAUACAUUUAUCUAGAGGUUAUAAUAGAAUAUCAUCCCGAGAGAGGGCAGAAUGUGUAAUACGACGUGCAUAUUCACAGAUCAAUAUAUGUCUGCUAGUGGGUGAUUUUCGUUCAAAAACUGUUAUUCAUAAUGCAGAUUUGAACACUACGUGUUUUGCAGCCGAUUUUGCGAGAUGUGAAUUUAGGACUUGUUCGUUUGGAAAAAUUGUUUUUACAAAAUGAUCCGUAAUUUUACAUAUGUUGGAUGAUUUCACAGGAAGACUUAAUACGAUGAUGUAUGGAUUGGAUUUUAAGAGGUUCAUUAAGUUUGCAACACUAUUAGUAUCCUGCAUAGGAGAUACACAAAAUGGUUGCGAAGAUGAUGAAAUCCAAAUAAGUUGUAACAACAAUGGGAAUUUAAAAAUAACAUCAGCUUGGUAUGGCCGAACUGACAAUACCAUCUGCCCUCAUUCAACAAUAAACCAGUCCACUCCGAACUGUAGUCAAGAUGAAACGUCUCGUGUUAAAGAUCUAUGCAAAGACAAUGUUGAUAAAGACAAGUGUACACUAAAUGUGAAUAACGAGGUUUUCUCUCCAGAUCCAUGUAAGAACAUUUUCAAACAUCUGACGGUUGUUUUCCAAUGUGAUUAUGAAACAACAACACCUGUUGAUUGUACAACAACCCAACAACAUACAUCGGCUGAUUUGUUUACCACUACCACUACCAUUGUUCCGAGUAGCGAAGAACCACCUACCACCACUGGUUUGAUUAUCACUGACUUUGUUCCGAGUAGCGAAGAACCACCUACUACCACCGGUAUGACUCUGAUAAGCAAUUCACAAACCACUAAUCCGUCAUGCAUGUGUCCCUGCAGAUUUGUUACAACCUCCAAUGCUACACCUAGCUCGCCAAUCAUAAAAGAUGUGUUGAAGGUGAACAAAGGACAACUCUCCAGUUUCAUUCGCAAAAAGAUUUCCGUGUAUGAAGACCGGCCCACAGCAAAAGGAAUCGGUUUUGUCGCCAUAUCUUUCCUAAUUUUUGUUGCAUCCUUAGUUAUUGUUCCGGAUGCAAUUAAUCUUAUACAGUUCCUUCGAAUGUCUGUCAAAGCAAAGAGUAGAUAAAGUUAAUGUUUUGGAAAAUCAACAGUGUAUAGACCUAAUUAUGGACACAUUUAAGUGCCUCGUCUUGUUCACUAAACAUCAAUAGGUCGAUAUCAAGGAAUCGAUGUGUCGCUGAUGUUAACAAUUAAACGACUUUUAAACUCAUUUAGUCUUCAUCUUUAAGCACUGAACGACAUAUUUUUCUCGUCUUGGUUGUUGAUAAAUCAACAUGACUUGUAGCUUAUCGCUGAAAAUUAAGCCCAAAAAUGGUUCUCCUCCUAAUUAUUAUACGAAAUUUGAAAGAUGAUAUUUGUUGUUAGUCGCAAAAAAAAUAUCGGUAAGAUGCGAAAUUUAGGCUCUAUAUCAAUACUUUUUGACAAUAUCUUCUCAUUUAAGGUAUUCCAUGUAUAAUGAAAGGAUAAUGAACAAUUUUGAAAGAUUUAGAUCAACAUAAAAGUUUAUUGUUAAAUAAUGAUGAAAGUGAAGCAGAUGAAAUUCACAUGACUGGUAAAUGAUUAGAAGCUGACCUUUUUGCACUUAAGAUUUUUUGGAAGAGUUGUCUGCCCUUUGUAAAAAUAAGAAAUAUCUAAUUUUCUAAAAAUGUGUGUGGUCAAUGAUUAAUUUUAUUUCAUAUUUUCAUAAAAAGAAAAUGUAUUUAACUUUCUACCAAGAGGUUAGUAUGAAAAUAUAAUUUGUUUUUAAAAUAUUGUAAUAAAACAUGCUUUUCCCAUAUACUUCAAUGUUAAAUUCUAGGUGAAAUAUUGGGAAAGAAGGAAUCUUACUCCUAUAGGGCGUAUUACAGUGAUUAAAUCAUUAGCAUUUCAAAACUGGUACACUUAUUUAUUUCAUUACCAAAUCCAUCUUAAGACAUCAUAGACAAGUUAAAUCAAAUAUUCUUCAAGUUUUUAUGGAAAAGUCCUGUCGCAAAAGUUAAAAAAUCAGUCGUCACACAAGAAUAUGACAAAGGAGGAUUAAAGAUGGUAAAUAUUGAAAACUUUAUUGCAAGUCUAAAAUUGUCAUGGAUUAAAAAACUUCUCUUUGAUACAGCCAAGUGGCAAUCUAUUAUAGGAGCAGAAGUUGAUAUAAGUAAUGUUAUUAAAUUUGGACCGUUGUAUGCUUUACAAAAACUUGAAAAAUCAAUCCUGGAAAUGGUUAAUAUGUCUUUUUGAGAAAAAAAAUCUUCUGAACGUAUGGUUAAUAGUGUUUUAUGGUACAAUGAAAACAAAGGUAAAUAGAAAAACUUUAUAUCUGAAAGAAUGGUGUGAAAAUAAUGUAUAUACAGUUAACUCAAUGUUAGAUGAGAAUGGAGAUAUCAUGAAUUAUAAUCAAUUCAUGGAAAUGUAUAAAGUAAAAUCUCAUUUUUUGGUUUAAGACAAGCAUUAAAGAAAGCAAUGAGAUUUAAUGGAAUAAACCAGUUUAUAAAAGUUCAAGAACCUACUAUUCCCAUACAUAUAGCCCCUUUCAUAUAUUUUAAAAGAAACAAGAAAAAACUGUACCAAAUUUUUAAUCAUAGUGAAGAAAAACCUACAGGUCAAAAGAAGUGGGAUAUACAAUUUGAUAUCUCUCAAGAAGAGUGGAAAACAAUUAAUAAAAAUGUUUUUACUAUUACAAAGGAUACAAAAUUACAGUGGCUACAAUAUCGUAUAAAUCAAAUUCUUAGUCACAAAUUUAUUUUUGUUCAAAAUAAAGAAAAUAGACAACGAUUUAUGUUCGUUUUGUGUAAAAGAAAGGGAAUCAAUAGAGCAUGUUUUGUAUGACUGUGAAAAUGUUGUUUUAUUUUGCAAGAAUGUGCAGUCAUGGUUUAGGGAUUUUUUUCCAGUAAAUACUGUUGUUGAUAAAAAAAACCUUUUUGCUGGGUAGCUCAGAAAAUGAAAUGAUCAAUUUGAUUAAUUAUUAUUUAAAGUACUUUCUGUAUUGUUGCAAAUGUAGAGGCAAUCCGCCUUUGUUAAAUAACUUUAUUACCACUUGGACAAAUGUGUACAAAGUAGAAAGGCAGUUAGCAUGUAAAAAUGAUUAUGUAGAUGUUUUUGAGAAGAAAUGGAAUACAUUUCAUAAAUUAAAAGAUUUAUAGAUUUAGAUCAUCCAGAAUAUAUAAUAUGUAAUUGUAUAUAUUAAUUAGCCUAUGUAUAUCAUCGGAAGUUAUUAUCAAUGUCAUAACAGUACACUUGUUAUACAUUUAAAACCUUUAGUUUGUGACAACCUAUUAGAUUUUAUUAUUUUGUAUAGUGUAGAUAUGAUAAGCCAGAGUCAUUUCAUUCCUUUCUAAUUCUCUUCCUUUUUCCCUAUCUUUGAAUGAAUGCCUAUUAGAGUGGAUGUGCGAGUAAAUGGUAGAUAAAAUACCCUGUACCCCCUAGUCAGGUGGGUUUGUAAGGGCAAGAUGUUAAAACCCUGACUGUCAUAAUGUGAAUAAAUGUUGUAUGAACCUUAAAAAAAAAAAAAAAAAAAAAAAAAUUCUAGGUGAAAUAAAUCAAGUAGUAAACAAAAUUUUGAAAAUUCCUAUGGUGGAUUAUUUUUAUUUGAAGAACCCUUCAAAAUGAUACCAUGAUUACAAAUAUUCCACCAUCCAUUUAUUAGAUAUGAAAUAUGGUCAUUAUUCAUUGAAUACCUUAAUUAACCAAACGACUUAAUAAAAUCUGUUUUGAUCACGUAUUUUGAACGAUUUGCGCAAAUAAAACCAAUUUUAUGACUUUGUAAAGCUGUGGCUUAAUACUAUUCAAUUUGGAACUUGGAGACUGUGCGCUCAAAAUGGUUUUAAGGGAACAUAUUAUCGAAUGCAUGAUUGCAUAGUUUACGUUGUAUAUAUCGACUUAAUACCGAACUGAGCUCGGACGGGCCGAGGCCCUUCCGCGAAACAAGGCUCUGAAGGUAACACGUAUGUAAAAGAUUCAUUGUAUCUUGUUUAACGUCUCUCUCUCCAAUUUUUUUUUUGUCCUCAUGGAGACGUC